GGAAUGCUACGGUUAGCAAGUAACGUUAGCCUGAGCCAUUUAAGGGUGACAUUGCUCGCUAGCGGGUAGCCACUUACAACGAGCUCUUUUCUGUGCGGGUUAUUGAGUUGCGUCUGAUACUGCCUCUUUAGAUUCGCUCGUAGUGCUGCCCUGUCUUCUUCGGAACGCCGGUGAUUCGGCGAAAGGUUGAAAUACUCGUUUGGGUCCAGUGUUUUUGGCCGACUAGCCAAGGGCGCCUCUCGGUAGUCCGCCAUGGUUGUUUGAUGACGGAUGGAACGCGAACUCGGGAAAUCUCGCGUUGAACGUCCGAAUCGUCACCACAGCAACGUCAAACUUUCUGCCGCUGCGUGUGUCUAAUGAAACAAUGAGCGCAAAUAACAGAAAUCAAGAAAAGGACGAGAGCGUUCUGGCUGAAAGCGAUGAUGACUUUCAGUAUGAAGAAGUAUCUAUAGAAGACGACUGGAGUUUGACAGAAGGGGAGGAAGAUUUGGAGGCAACGGUGAAAGCUAUCCAAGACCGGGCAGAGGCCAGUGCUGCUGCCGCCGCUGCUGCUGCUGCUCCUCCCCCCAGCCCCAACGCGACCUCCAUCACACACCAAGCCGAGGCCGUGGAUGACUUCUUACGCAACUUUCUCUUUCAAAUGGGCAUGCCAGAAACACUUGAUUGUUUUCAGACUGAGUGGACCGAGUUGGUGAUGAAAGGGCUGGUGGAUACAGAACGGGUUGGUGUGGUACCGGACGUGUACACUGAAAACCAGCGUCUGGACAGGGAGCUGAAAAACGAGAAACGGGAGGGGGAGGAGUACAGACUGGCAGCCUCUGCCGGAGCUGAGACACUGGCCAAGGUCCAGAAAGACAGAGACUUUCACCGGCUAAAACAUAAGCGUGUUGUCCAGGAGAAAAACAGGCUCAUCGAGGAGAUGAGAAAACUCAAAGUACAGUGCGACAGCUACAAACCUGCAGUGAAGCGGAUGAAUGAAAAAUACCAAGCAGUUAUAAAGCAGACCAUGCUGGUGACUUUGGAGAUGGACAAGGCCUUAGGACAGGCGACCAGAGCUCAGCACAUGUCCUUCUGCGGGCCUGCGGGGGAAGAAGGAGCAGCCUGGACAGGAGAGCCAAGUGUCAAAGGGACAACUCAUCCGGUGAUCCGACCAAGACCUCCUACAUCUGCAAAUAGUCCAAGGAGUCAGACUAGGAUAUGCUACCACUCAACAGCAUGGGGUUUGGAUGGAAAAAGCCACUACACACUGUAGGACCAGAGUGAUGUGACAGGGCCGGGCCGCUGUGACAGCAGUUAGAGUCUUGACAGGCAGAGUAAGGGAGGCUGUUUGUGGGAGGUGAUGUCAGGUCGAAGAGGGGUGACAGAGGUGAGGGAAGACAGCCAACGCCCUGUAUCUGAUCUGAUGGGAAGUGGCAGGACAUGAAGAGAAGCAGCCAAAUUCAGCCUGAAAGCGUGAUCAUAGUGUGAGGUCAGCGGGAACAGGAAUGGACGAGGAAAACCAUACUAAGAAUACUAAGUAGGGUUAAGGAAUACCUUGUCUUGACUGUCAAUCACAAAUAAAUCACACUUCACAGAAAGUCUGCAGUUGCUACAAUACUUUAUUUACUUUUACGGCCCGAUGCAAUGAUGUUAAAACAUAAUUCAAGUUUAUUCCAACUUGGGUUGAUUUUUUUAAAAGUUUUGGCCUUAUGCAGUUAUGAUAACAUUACACUGAGCAAAGUAACUGCUGUGAUCUAGGAACACAGCAACAUUGCUACGCUGUAGACUAACAAUCCGAAAAACAAAAGCUGUUAGACUAUCAGACAGGUUGUAAACAAGCUAACAGUAGAAAUAUUUUAGGUGUGCUCACUUUUGGUUUUACCUCCAAGUAUAAAAUGUUGCUAAUAAUCCCUCAUUGCGUAGGAAAACUUUAUGCAGGUGUAGGUCAACAAAGAACCAAGAAGUCUGUAAGGAUGUUGACAACAGUUUGGCCUUUCAAAUAAAAGUUGGCUAAGCCUGAUAAUCAGA